AUGCUCAACCUGUCAUUUUUAAGCCCAACGCCCUGCUGGCGCCCUGGACGUCUCCUGCGCCUGAUCAAAGAACGAGUGCUGGAGGACAAGGUGAUCCGGAAACCUCCACCCAAGAUGCCAGAGAAAACUGUGCGUUUGGUGGUAAACUAUCACCGCAGUCAGAAAGCAGUUGUUCGUGUAAAUCCACUGGUCCCACUGCAUACCCUGGUGCCUGUGAUUUGUCAGAAGUGCGAGUUUGACUCGGGCCAUGUCUUGCUGUUCAAAGACAAUAUCAGCCAUCAACAGCUGGACCUGGACAAGUGCCUGAGCGAGCUGGGUAUCAGAGAACUCUAUGUGCUGGAUCAAACACUAGUUCUCCAGCCUAAAAUGGCUUCGACACCUGCCCUGAACUACUCAGCUGAAUCUCUUCACUCCAACAGUCUGAGUGGAUCAGAGAAAAAGAGCCUGCUGGGCUUCCUCAAGUUUAAUCGCAGGAAAUCAAAGACUGAAGAUCAGUCCUCUGAGGACAUGGACAGUCUUGAUGAUGAUAGUGUUGUUGACAUUGCAGACACUAACAUUAAUAUUUCAGUCUAA